CUCGAAACGGUCGCCAGCGGUGGUUGGAUAAGAGACUUUUCCGUGCUUUCCCGACUUCGCUUAUCGUUUGUUGUUCGCUUAUCAGGCGUUGCGCGUCGUUGAAAUGCCGUCGGUGGAAAUGCAGUUCGAGUAGUGUUCGUUGCCUAGUUUUCCGCGCUGCAACAUAUCAACUGCGUCGUAUUUUUUGACAACAUCCUGCAAUCAUGUUUUGGAUUUUACGACGUACUGGCGCCGCCAAUUUCUUCAACUCCUUCAACAACAACUGCAGCUUCUCGAAGAGCAACGCGAAUGGUGGCAAUCACAGCAAUAGCACUCAAGACAAAUAUGUGAAGCGGCCCCCACGGAAGGCAUAUGGUCGCCUCAGCGCCGAGGCUGACGAUGCCGUGUCACUCGGCCACAAAAUCGAUGAUCCGUUCGAUGAGCUAGACGACUUUGAAAUGCUGGCAGCGAACGCAAACUCCAGUGCCGGGUGUAGCAGUCAUGCCCACAAUGGCAACGGCAAUGGCAAUGCCAACGAGCCACCAGGUGAAGCCAAUGGCAACGUCAAUGUCAAUGGCAGUGCAGGUGGCGGUGGAGGAGGAGGAGUAGGAGGAGGAGGUGGACUCGGAUGCGGGAAUGGGAAUCUGUUGGCCUGCACGGAUGCCGAUUGCCAGGGCAACUACGAGGUAGAGAGCGCCCUCUGCGAGCUCGGCCUCUGCCAGGCGAAAGCCAAAACAUCAAAGGACCUGGCGGGGGCCACGUCAACAUCGAAGGAGAUUAACGAAAACACAAUAAGUCGACUGCAUGCCCUGGCCAUGGCCGACGAUGAUGAUGACUACGAUGAAUCCCUUACCUGCAACGUGUGCGACAGAGCGUUCCAUUGUCACCGUCAGCUGGCGUCACACCAGCAAAAGAAGCGUCACUUCGGAUGCAGUGGCUGCGAUAGUUUGUUCCCGUCACUAAUGCUGCUGGAGCACCACAAGGAGGAGUUCGAGCACUGGAGCGACGAGGAGAUGGGCCGGCGGGUGUGCUGUCGCCGGAAUCGCUGUGACGACGACUACUUCACGGACACCGACUCCUUUAUCAGUGACGCGGAGAGCGAGGAUCUGGAGAGGCUGUUGUAAUCGCUGUUGGAAGCGGCAGACAAGGAAUCGAGGGAAGCAGGACUGACGGGACUGAAAAUGGGGAGGCUGCCCUCGACGAAAUUUGAAUCCUGGCCCAGGCAGUGGGCGUGGCUCUGGCCAUCUCAUCCCCCAUCAUUCAGGCAGCAGCAGCAGCAGCUAGGGGCGGUCACAAGGUAUAUCCUGCGGCGAAAGGAGACAAGGGACAUCGGACUUGGGCGCUCGUCUUCUGAUGAAGAUUGACACACGGGGCGGACCUAAUGAAAAUGAAUUAAACCCCAAUCUGGCUGAACGCAAAAUCCCCCCAAAAAACAAACAAUGAAAAAUGUUGGCUUAA